CUAGUUCCCCGACCAGGAAUCAAACCCGGGCCCCCUGCAGUGGAAGCACAGAGUCCUAACCACUGGACUGCCAGGGAAGUCCCUGUUGGGAGUUUUUAAAAAUUACAGAUUCAAUUUCAUUACUGGACAGACAGGCUUCAUCUGAAGUCAUCGGGGGCAGGACCCUUGCCUGGGCAGAGCUGCAAAGGCAGGACCACAACCCAGUGGAUCCAGAGGGCAGAGCAUCAAACCAAAGAGGAUUAUUCUCGAGCCUUAAGAUCUAAAGGUCAACAGGGCAGAGUUCUCCUCCACCCAGGUAUCUUCCAUCUUAAAGCCUUGCCUUCUCCAGGACCUGGUCAUCAUCUUCCAGCUGGCAGAGGUCGAGUAGGCGUGGCACACAGCUGUGCUCAGUAAAUAAGUGAAUGGAUGAAGACGCAUCAAGAGGUGAUUAACCAAAAGCUCCUGCAAGGUUCUUUGACAGAUUGUUGGUGUCGUGUAAGGAGCACAAACCUGGGUUCCGGUUCGGACUUGCCCACUUCUCAGCUGUGCGCAAAUGAGUGCCGCUCUCUGAAAGCCUCACUUACCGCAUCCGUUAACAGGUAAUAAGCACAUACUUACCUGAAAAGGCCAAAUGCCUACUUUAAUAAGGAGAAAGGAACUAAGAGAAGAAAAGAGCUUCACGUAAAAUACACUCUCCGUAUAUAUAACUAUUAUUAUAUAUGAUUGUUGUUACCGUAGGACCCGCCCGUGGCCUCCGUUUCCUCUUUUCUAUCACGAGUCGGUAUCCCCGGCUCCUUCCGCAGGGUGUUUCUGGCGCCACAAAUCUCGUCCGCGGCGAUGGGAGAAAAGACAAACGCUCCCGCAGCCACUGGAGUCCGGUGGUGAGGUCCAAUAGCCCCGCCCCGCGAGCCUGAGCCUUUUAUGUCAUCAACUCGGCGCCAGCGCUGCGGAGGGCCCGGGGGCUUAUCCUGGGUGUGGCGCCACUUUGGGGAGGCCUUGGCGGACGCCUGCAAGUCAACUGCUUGGUUCGGGGGCGGCUCGGAAACCGCAGCGGACCGUGACGAGGGGCGCGUGGAGUCGUGGGGACACGAAGUCGGGCGGCAGGAGGGGCGGCCCGGAGCUCAGGCGGGGCACAGCGCCGGCAAGCGGGCGGCUGGCGGGGCUGCCCGGCGCGGGUGUCCCGGCGAUGUGUGGCGCUGAAGCGGCAGCGGGAGCAGCGGCGGCGGCGGCGGUGGGCUCGGCCUCGGCUUCGCGGCGGUGCCGGCGGCGGAGGCGGAGGCGCAGGCUCCUCCUCAGGACCUGGCGAGCCCGGGCCUAAGCGGCGGCCCCGCGAGGCCCCAGCACAUCGCCCCAGAUCGGGGCCUUCCCCGCCUCGCCCUGCCCCGGGAGCCUGCCUCCCCGGCUGGGGAUGAGGCCGGGAGGCGGCCGCGCGGGGCCCAGCACAAAGGCUUGUUCCCGGGGGCCGCUGCCGCCGCCACCCCCAGCCUAGGGCCGCCCGCCGAGGCCGAGCCGGCGCCGGGGCCGUCAUCCCCGCAGGUCCCCGGGGGCGGCUGCUGCCCGUCUCCCCGAGACCCAGGGCCCCGAUCGCUGAGCCCCUUGUUCCUUCGGCUGCGGCGGGAUCCGGCAGCUGCGCAGCCUCCGCUGCUCCCGGCCGUGCGGGCCCCGCGGAGCAUGUGGGAGGAGAGCGACAUGGAGAAAGCCAUCAAGGAAACCUCCAUUUUAGAGGAAUACAAUAUCAAUUGGACUCAGAAGCUGGGAGCUGGAAUUAGUGGUCCAGUUAGAGUCUGUGUGAAGAAAUCUACCCAAGAACGGUUUGCACUGAAAAUUCUUUUUGAUCGUCCAAAAGCUAGAAAUGAGGUACGUCUGCACAUGAUGUGUGCCACACACCCAAAUAUAGUUCAAAUCAUUGAAGUGUUUGCUAACAGUGUACAGUUUCCUCAUGAGUCCAGCCCCAGGGCUCGACUCUUAAUUGUAAUGGAGAUGAUGGAAGGGGGAGAGCUAUUUCACAGAAUCAGCCAGCACCGGCACUUUACAGAGAAGCAAGCCAGCCAAGUAACAAAGCAGAUAGCUUUGGCUCUACAGCACUGUCACUUGUUAAACAUCGCACACAGAGACCUCAAGCCUGAAAAUCUGCUCUUCAAGGAUAACUCUUUGGAUGCCCCAGUGAAGUUGUGUGACUUUGGAUUUGCCAAAAUUGACCAAGGUGACUUGAUGACACCUCAGUUCACCCCAUAUUAUGUAGCACCUCAGGUACUGGAGGCACAGAGAAGGCAUCAGAAGGAGAAAUCUGGCAUCAUACCUACCUCGCCAACACCCUACACUUAUAACAAGAGCUGUGACUUGUGGUCCCUAGGGGUGAUUAUCUACGUGAUGUUGUGCGGAUACCCUCCUUUUUACUCCAGACACCACAGCCGGACUAUCCCAAAGGAUAUGCGGAGAAAGAUCAUGACAGGCAGUUUUGAGUUCCCAGAGGAAGAGUGGAGCCAGAUCUCAGAGAUGGCCAAAGAUGUUGUGAGGAAGCUCUUGAAGGUCAAACCAGAGGAAAGACUUACCAUCGAGGGAGUGUUGGAUCACCCCUGGCUCAACUCAACUGAGGCCCUGGAUAAUGUGCUACCCUCUGCUCAACUGAUGAUGGAUAAGGCGGUGGUUGCAGGAAUCCAACAGGCCCAUGCGGAACAGUUGGCCAACAUGCGAAUCCAGGACCUGAAAGUCAGCCUCAAACCCCUGCACUCUGUGAACAACCCCAUUCUAAGGAAGAGGAAAUUACUCGGCACCAAGCCAAAGGAUGGUGUUUAUAUCCACGACCGUGAGAAUGGAGCCGAGGAUUCAAAUGUUGCCUUGGAAAAGCUCCGAGAUGUGAUUGCUCAGUGUAUUCUCCCCCAGGCUGGUAAAGGAGAGAAUGAAGAUGAAAAGCUGAAUGAAGUAGUUCAGGAAGCUUGGAAGUAUAACCGGGAAUGCAAACUCCUAAGAGAUACUCUGCAAAGCUUCAGCUGGAAUGGUCGUGGAUUCACAGAUAAAGUAGAUCGACUAAAACUGGCAGAAAUUGUGAAGCAAGUGAUAGAAGAGCAAACCACAUCCCACGAAUCCCAAUAAUGACAGCUUCAGACUUUGUUUUUUAACAAGUUGAAAAUUUAUUCAUUAAUGUAUAAAGUAAUUUGUAUGUAAAUUAAUAAAUCAUAAUUUCAUUUCCA